UAUGGGUGAUAAUCCAAUAGAUGUUUUCAAAGAGGAAAUGGAAAAUGAAGAAGUUUAUCUUAAAGUUAAUGCAAUGCAUAGAGUUAGAGUUAUCGCAACACUAUUAGGAACAGAUAAAAUAAAGUCUGUUCUUUUGCCAUAUUUUGAAAGUAAUUAUUUGAUAAUCAAUUUAUAGCAUUGAUGAAGAAAGAGGAUGAUGAAGUCUUAUUUGCAAUGGCAGAAGAAUUAGGCUAUAUUGCGUAUUUUAAUAGGUUUAUUUAGAUAAAUCAUUCCAUAAUAAUCUAUAUGCUUAUUGCCAAUCUUAGAACAAUUGGCAGGAUUUGAUGAGACUGUAGUAAGAGAGUAAGCUGUUAAAUCAAUAACAAUUGUAUGUAGUUUUUUAGGAGACAACGAAAUUGCAAAUACAAUAGUCCCAAUGGUAAGAACUAUUAAGAAUUAAUAGAUUUUAAAACUAGCUUCAAAUGAAGCCAAUUUUACAUGUAGAGUUUCUGCUGUUAGUUUAAUGUGUCCUAUGUAUUCUAGAUCAGGAAAUUAAAAAGAAAAGCUAAGAUAGUAUUUUAUGUGUAUUUAACUAUUUUUAAGAAAAUUCACUGAAUUAUGCAGUGAAGAAACACCAAUGGUUAGAAGGGCUGUUGCUACUAAAAUUGGUGAAAUAGCAUAAUAUAUGGAUAAAAAUCAUGUCAUAGAAGUUUUGAUAACUGUUUUGAAACAAUUAUGUUAAGAUGAAUAAGAUUAAGUUAGAUUAUUGUGUAUGGAAAGUAUAAUGAAUAUUGCUAAAAUUCUUAACAUCAAUGAAAAUAAAACAAAUAUCUUACCAUUAAUUAUAUCUUCAGCAGAAGAUAAAUCAUGGAGAGUAAGAUUGGCAUUGUCAAAGAUAUUUGCAGAAGUAUUUUAUUAAUCUAAAAUAUUAAGUUAGCUGAAGCUGUUGGUAAAGAGAUUGCAGAUUCUUCAUUAAUUUAGAUCUUUUCAAACUUACUAAAAGAUUCUGAAAGUGAUGUCAGAGUAAUUGCUGUUAAAAGUUUGGCUAAAUUUAUUAAGUUUGUAUCUCCAGAGAAAUUAAACCUUAUAAUACCAUUAUUAUAAUUAUUAGCAAAGGAUGCAUUUGCAUAAGUGAAAUGUAUAAAACAUAUUUAUAAUUAUAUAGAAAAUGCUUGUUUAGUUAUUGGAUAGAUUGCCACCAUUUUACCAAAAGAUAUUAGUUAAAGCAAAUUGCAAUCCUAUUUAAUUGAAUUAAUGAGUGAUGAUAAUUAAGAUGUAAGAAAAAAUGCAGCUUAAUCAGUUGGAAUAUUUGCUGCUUCUAUUGGACCUGAUGCAUUAAGUCAAUUUAUUCCUCAUUUGAAAAAAAGUAUGGAAGAUCCAAAAUGGAGAGUUAGAAAAGAAACUAUGUAAACUGUAUUCCAUCUAGCAUUGUAUUUGUGUUUUAUUAUUAUCAUAGAACUCUCAAAAAUACAGAUAUAUUCUUAAAACAUUUAGAACCAGUCUAUGUUUUAUUUUUAAAGGAUAGAGCAGCUGAAGUUAGAACAAUAGGUUUAAGUAGAUUAAAUGAUUUAAUUUAAACUUAUAAGAUAGAUUGGGCAUUAGGAAGUUUUUUGUCUAAAUGCUUAGAGACUCUCAAUAAGGAUGUUGGAUUCUUAUAUAGAAUGAAUGCUUUAUAUGCAAUUUAAUAAAUUGGAUUAGUUGCUGAUGGACCUAUGAUUCAAGAUAAAUUAUGGCCAAUUGUAUAGAAAUGCAUGAAAGAUAAUGUUCCAAAUAUUAGAUUUGUUAGUAUAAAGGUGGCAAAAUCAUUAUCAAAAAAAAUUGAUCAUUAAGGAACAUUAAAUCAAAUAAAAUAGUAUAAAUUUAAUAGUAAAGUAGAGCAAUAAAUGAAUUAAUUGAUGAUAAUGAUAGAGAUGUUAAAUUUUAUGCUUAGGAAGCUUUACAAUAUUGA